GCGUUCUCAGGUAGACCCAGUUUAGUGGAUGGGUACCUGAAGCUGUGGUGCCAGGACGCGAACACCAAGGCGUGGCUGAUGAAAUGGUUGGAGUCGGCCACCCUUCAGAACGGAGACCGUCUCGUUGGGAAGAGGGAGGACGAGAUGGUCCGGAACACAAGGUGCGGUAUUCUGAUCCCGUCCCUGGAAGACAACCUCACCAAGGUAGGAAGGGUCCUCAACUUCCAGAACCCGUGGGCCAUGGUGAGGAAGUGGACACUACACCAGGCGAUCCCCCUUAAGAAAAGGGCCUGUACCCUACUCCUGGUGGGAAUACCUGAAGACGUUGUCCCUACAGUGAUGGAAAAGGGAAGGAGACUGAACUACCUAUGUGGGACAGUCUACAUUCGUUUCCAACACAGCGGAGGACGCUUCAGAGAUUCCCCACCAGAGAAGAACGCAACAGAGGCGAACACAGACGGAGGGGAGGACAAACCCGCAGAAAACGCAACAUCAUCACCAAAGAAUACCCCCUCUGCCAUGGACACCGAUGUCGCAAACGAACACACCUCAGACAUAGAGGAAGGCAUUUUGCUGGACUCGGAGGAUGAGGAUGGACUACCGAAGGGGAUCAGUCUCCUGGACCUAAAGGGAAGGGCGGAAGGGACACCCCCCGAUGGCGCCUUCCCACUGUAAGGUCCUUCAGGUUAACCUCCAGCACAGCGAAUCUGCAACGGCUCAACUUCGAAGAUGGCUGGAGGUUAACCCAACAUCCAUAGCCCUGAUUCAAGAGCCGUGGAUCAGGAACACACGCAUAAACGGCCUUUGUAACACCGGAGGUAAUUUAGUUUAUAAUACACAUUACAAACCAAGAUCCUGUAUAUACAUAUCCCGUAACAUAAUGGCACAACCACUAACUCAAUUCUGUUCCAGAGACGUGUGUGCCAUAAAACUCCUCAGAACACAAAACUCAAGUCUACCGGAGAUAGUCCUGGCGUCCACCUACAUGGCGGCGGAGGACGAACCACCUCCAGUGGAGAUGAACAACCUCAUACGCUACUGCGAACGAGAAAGGCUCGAGCUGGUCAUAUCUGCAGACUGCAACGGCCAUCACAACCUAUGGGGAAUGGAAACCAACAACAAAAGAGCACAGGACUGGCAGCUCAACACAUAUCCAACUGGCACGUGUCGGAUGAGCUAUCCUGCUCCGACCACAGAUGGAUUCGGUACGACCUGACAGCCGACACACACACUACCACAACUAGAAGAAACCCGAGACGCACGGACAUACCGGCGUACAAGGAACUUCUGGAAGGUAAACUAGACAAUAACACACACACAGACAGACCUAGCAAUACAAAGGAGUUGGAGGAACAGGUAAACUUACUUAUUAAAAACAUUACCGAUAGCUACGAAAACACAUGUCCACUAUCGACCUUAUCAGCUAGAGGAAAAAGCAGUAACAACAACAGCUGGUGGGGACCGGAGUUGGACCGAAUGAGAACAAAAAUGAGAAGGUUACUUAACAGAGCAAUGAACACAAGAGCUGAAGAGGACUGGGAUAAGUACAAAACAGCUAAAACAGACUAUAAGAAAAGGCUAAGAUACAGAAAAUCAGCCACAUGGCGGAAUUUCUGCGACAACAUAUCCAAUGUAACACAGGCAAACAGAACAAGGAAAAUCCUUGCAGACCAACCAAGGCAACUACUGGGCACCCUGAGGAGACAGGAUAAUAGCACCA